AGACACAGUUGAAGAACAAGCACAUGGCCAAGAACACUAUAAUUAUAAACUGCAACCACCAUCGAGUUAUGGAAAAUAUCAAUUAUUGGGACGAGAAGACGAAUCUGUAUUUACGUUUCCACAAGAAAUUCACCUGAUUUCGCGCGACCGAACAACCGAACACCGUAAUUACGAUAAAAUCAGGUGCGCGCGUUUCAAAACAAUAAUACAUCAUCGUAACAACAACAACAUCGUCAACAACAACAAAUACAAAACAAAAAUAAAAUCGACGACGUUAAUAUAGUAUUAUUGUCGGAUUCCCGAAUAAACUAUAUUCUAUAUUCAAUUCAACUAAAUCCUCGAGAAGGAUGUCCACUGAACUGAGGGAAAGCGAAAGGCAGAGGAUGGAGGACGAACGCACUAAAGCGUACAAGAGGUCGAGGUUCGUGCGUAGCUCUUCGUUGGAACGAAUCCGGAAGUUCAACACUUACAUCUGCUCGCAAAACUACUACAUCCUUCCGGCAAUCUUAACCUGGUUGAGGAACUCGAGCACGGUCAUCCAGACCAACUUCGAACGUUCCAUCAUCUAUUCGAAGGCAACCAUCUACAAUUCGACUGUUUACAAGGUGUCCAGGAUUUGCACGAAGGCGAACAUCUCGAUGUACCUGGACGAUUUCCGGGACUUCUCGCGACACGCCAAAGACGAAUUCUGCAUGUUCUUCAGCGAACGUUUAGCAAUUUGCGGUGUUUACGCCACGAUAGUCGCGAUCUUCGUCCAACUACUGGUCUGCCUCUACACCCUGUGCACUGCUCUGAUGCCGGCCGGACUCGUCUUCAUGAUCGGCUGCCUUUACUACAUCACGCAUCUGAACUUGAAAUGUCUCAAGUUCUUCAUCGAUCAGGAAGCUCAGCUCGCCCAGCAGAACACACCGAAGAAAAUCUCAACCCCGAGCCCAGUCAAAACGAAACGUCUCUCGCGAAAAGACAUUCUGGGCAAAAGAACGAUAAGCAACUUUAACUUAUUUUAAGAGAGAACAAAAAAUCAUCAUUUCACACUUUACAUAGGUUUUAAUAUUUAUUUAUAUCAAAAUCGAUUUUUUUUUUAUGUUUGUUCUUAUCGACUAAGCGACUUUCGUUGUUGUCGUUAUGUAAGUAAAUUUCUUCGGCUAGUGUUUAUAUUUUUUUUUGUUAACAGGGAAAAGAUUAAAAAACUUAAAUUGGCCCCGAUUUCGAGAGGUGGUCUAAUUUUGCGACUGAUAUUAAUUUUUGGAUCGAGCAAUGAUGCAUCUCCCACAUUUUACUUUUUAACUAUUUUACGACUUAAUCUUAGACGAUUAGGAUUAUUUAAGAUUUAAUGUUAGCGAUUCUUCGAAUUUUUCGAAUGUACGAAGCUCUGUGAGAUAAUUAUUUUAAUUUCGAAUAAAUAAAGUUAUUUUUUAUCGUA